AUGACCCAGACAGAGGAGCCGUGGCUCAUUAAACUCCACGACGAAUGGAUUUCUUCCAAUGGUAGUGAAGAUGGGGUUGUUAAACAUGAUUUUGCUAUCAUUAUCAAGGACUUGCUUCUGGGUAUAAAUCUGCCCGGUAGACGCUGCAAAGGACACGAAAUAUCCACAGAUACUACGAAGGAAACAUGGAUAUCUUUAUCGUCUUGCAUUGCUCGGUGUAUUGAACUCCGUAUUGAAAGCCACGUCCCAGAUAGCGAUAGGUAUCCUCUUAUGGAGAUCACCAAAGGUCUGGAGGAGAAUCUUUCCCCAGGACUUGAGCAAGAUACGCGGGUUAUGGUCGCUGCGCAGUGUAUUAUAUUAGCGCCUACUCUUGUUAGUGAUAAAAUGAAGAAACUGUUGGGAGGACACGGCAAACCCUCUGGCUGUGAUGUUCUCAGAUUGUGGAUACGCAAACUAGAAGACCUGGCAGAUAAUAGCGGCCUAAACUCUGAACUGAAGGCUGCUGUUGUUGAAGUUAGGGAUAAACUUGUUUUGUUGCAUCCAGAGCUUUCGACGGGUAGACCCGGAGAGGUGUAA